AUGUUCAAGCGACUCAACGAGCGCUACCUCCCCAUCACCAGUCGCGAAGACCACCCAGACUACGCCGGCCAGCCGAACACCCACCUCGACCGAGAUCUAGAGGAAUGGGAAGCCUGGAAGACAGCAAAGACGAUCCUGCUACCAAAACCAAACAAGCCACCCGGCAUAGAGGGCCUGCGUCCUAUUUCGCUCACGUCCUGCGUGGGCAAGGUGCUGGAGCACGUCCUUAACACCCGGUGGAACCGUUACCUGGAAGCGCACAAUGUCUACCCGGACUCAAUGCUUGGCUUCCGGGCUAAGUUGGGAACGCAAGACUGCCAUGCUCCUGAUCCAAAGGAAGUCCUUGACCCACCGGCCGGGACUCCAAAGAAUGACAACCGAGCGAUCUUGGGCCUGGAUCUGCAGAGCGCCUUUGACAACGUUAGGCACUCAGCGGUCCUGGCUCAGGUGUCCCACCUGGGGCUGGGCGCAAGAUCAUACAACUACAUCAGAGCCUUCCUCUCUCGCCGCACGGCCAGGCUGGAAGGGCUUCGUGUCCUGGGAAUGUUCGUGGACGGCACCCAAACUAACGCCACGGCGGUCAAGAACGUCACAACCAAGAUGGGCGUCGCAGCGCGCCUGGUCAAGCGAGUGUUGUCCCGCUACCGGGGCAUGAAAGAGAGGGGGCUCCUGCGUCUGCUGCAGGCUUUCGUUAUAAGCCACGCGGCAUAUGCGGGGGCCUUCCACCGCUGGACCGGCGCGGAACGAGCCAAGAUCGACGCCGCUAUCCGGAAGGCUUACGCGGGGGCUCUUGGGCUCCUACAAGGCACAAAGACAACGGACUUGCUGUCUCUGGGAGCACACAGCACAAUCUCAGAGAUCAGCGAGGCUGAGAGAGCAUCGCAGCCGAGCCGCCUGAGCAACACAGUCGCCGGCAGAUGA